CCCUCAACACAAGUAACACCACCAAAUAAGCCCGAGUCUAAUGAUUCAGAGGUAUUUACUUUGGUAUUUCCUUUGGGGGCUUGCAGGCUGGAUGACAUGGGGAAAUUCUGACUUGUCACCAGGCGCCAUGUACGAAAGAGCCUAAAGGGUUGAACACUUCACCCCCUUUCCCCCUGCCAGAACCAAUUGGGCAAGGAGCAACACAGUAAAAAUGGAGAACCUGCAUUCCCACUGCCUUAAAUGCAUCAACAGAAGAUGCAUGGUGAGACCAGAGACGGGUGUUUGCUGCGACCUCAUUGGCUGUCCUCUUGUCUGUGGGGCAGUUUUUCACUCAUGCAAACUAGAGGAACACCGUCUCCUGUGUCCAUAUGAACGGCUACCAUGCCUUAACAGCGGAUUUGGUUGCCCGUUCACUAUUCCAAGGAUCAAAAUGGCAAAACACCUUGAGACGUGCCCAGCCAGUAUAGUGUGUUGUACUAUGGAGUGGAAUCGCUGGCCUGUGAGUUACUCUGACCGCAAGUCCUACGAAAACUUGAGCAAAGACUUUGAUGAGGUGGAGCAGCUAGACAUGGCCUUGGCCCUGCAGGAUCAGAGGAUGUUGUUGGAGUCCCUGAAGGUUACGACCACCGUGUCAAAGAAUGGAGACAAGGAAGUAGAUGAAAGUGACAAAAUGGCCACAGCGGCAAGUCUCCCAGAGACAGUGUUAGGCAAUGGAACAGUGGAAAUGGAAGCGGAGCCCUAUAAUGAGUUGUAUAGAGCCUCGGUGGAGAGCAGAAGUUUAGCAGCGGCCUUGGACAUCCUCUCUAAUUCCAAGGAUAUCGGUGUAAUUGUUGGAAAUUUAAACGGGGAAAAGGCCGACAAGAAUGGUGCACGCCGCAAUGGAGAAAAUGGUGAUAGUCACAGUGUUUAUGUCGCUGAGGGUGGGAAGAAUGUGGAUAUGCAAGAUAGUGACUCUGAUUCAGAGUGUGAGCUUGGGGCAGUAGGUGGAGUGGAUUGUGCAGUGGGGACAGAUGGAGGAGAAAAUGGGAUCGGCUGGGUAGAAGAAAAUGAUUUUGUAGAGUUAUUUUUUGAAGAGAAGGAAGAUAUAAUCGAGGAGCCAAUAAAUAAUUCCAACUUUGUUUGGCCAGAGCUGCCUCAGGAUUACAUGCCUGUACUGGAACGACCUGUGCCUCCACAAGCACCACUUUCACCCCCAAUGCCAUUCCUGCUGUCUGAUCACUUGAGAAAUAACUUCUUACAGCAAUUACCUUCUGAACUCAGGUAUAGGUGUUUGGAGCGUAAACUACAGAACGUAGAAGUGCUUAGAGGAAUAAGUAUGUUUACACUUAACGGGCGUCGGGCUCUGCUGUCAGACCCGUACUUGUUUCGAGCAAAGAUGGAGGACAAGGCAGUAGACACAUCCGACCUGGAAGUAGCAGAUGACCCCAUGGGCCUCCACGGCAUCGAUCUCAUCACCGCCGCAUUGCUGUUUUGUCUCGGCGACUCUCCGGGAGGCAGAGGAAUCUCAGACAGCAGGUUUGUCGACGGUUACCACAUUGACUUUGGUACUCAGACAUUCUCUUUCCCUUCAGCCAUUCUUGCAACCAACACCAUGGUGGGAGAUAUCGCUUCAGCCUCGGCGUGCGAUCACGCCAGCCCACAGCUUUCCAAUCCAAGCCCCUUUCACACCCUCCGGCUGGACCUGGUGCUCGAAUGUGUGGCUCGCUACCAAACGAAGCAGCGCUCCAUGUUCACAUUUGUGUGCGGGCAGCUAUUCCGGCGGGAUGAGUUCUCGUCUCAUUUCAAGAACGUUCACGGGGAUAUUCACGCCGGGCUCAAUGGCUGGAUGGAGCAACGCUGCCCUUUAGCCUACUAUGGCUGCACCUAUUCCCAAAGACGAUUCUGCCCCUCAGUACAGGGCUUCAGAAUCAUCCAUGACAGGCACCUCGGCUCGUUUGGGGUUCAGCCUGGUUUGCCUUUAAAGGCCGGGGACAGCCCCUCAAGAAAAACCUGCCGCUUUGGUCCUCAGUGCGAUCAGUUUAGCAAUCUUCCAUUCGAGGUGCUGCAACAUGUAGCAAGCUUCCUGGACAGUUUUAGCUUGUGCCAACUGUCCAGAGUGUCCCGCACCAUGAGGGAUGUGUGUGCUAGUCUGCUCCAGAUGCGUGGCAUGGUCGUCCUGCUGUGGGAGAAGAAACGGCGUGCUGACGGCUCUCCUUCAUGGCAGAUCACAGACAAGGUGUGGCGAUUCAGCACAGCCUUUGGUACAGUGAAUGAGUGGAAGUUUGCAAACAUCGCCAGCAUGGCCGACCACCUCAAGAAGUGCAAGUUCAAUACGAUUUCUCGUCACGAAGAGGCGAUCCCUCUGCCAUGCAUGUGUUUCACCAGAGAGCUCACGAAAGAGGGAAGGUGUUUACGUUCAGUUCUCAAACCAGUAGCAUAAGGGUUUAUCAAAGAUGAAAUCAUCUUUUGGACAUUUAUGAGACCAGAAUACGCAAAUACAUAUGUAUUUUCCUCCAGUGUUUACAGACAUUAGUCUCUACCAGCCUCAAAAAGACAGAAAACUCCUGGUUGAACAUUAUAAAUUGUUGGUUGUUCACAGUGGAAAAAGAAAAACUUCACUCCCAUAAAUGAGACAAUGCCAGUUGUGGGCAGAUUUAUACUUGAGUGGAAGCCGACACGCUGCUCACAGAUCAGGACUGUGAACAAGCAAAUUAAAUUGCUAGCCUUCUAUUUUCCCCUCUGAUGGAUUUAUUAAUACCAGUGUACUGAAGUUGUAUCCUUAUCUACUCUGACAUUGUGUAAAUAAUCAGAUGUUUUGAUGUAGAAUUUUUUUAUUUUUUAUAUCAAAGAGUCAGUACUGUGCUACAGUGGAGGUGAGAGUAGAGCCUUAACUUAUGAUACACUUGAUUUUCUAGUCGUGAGGUUGUUCAGAACAUCUCGGUGAGAUUUCUCCGCUGCUUCUAGCUGGAACAGUUUACUGGUAUCUUGCACGGUUUUGUAUCCUGAUACCUAGAGUGACCAUGUGUGUACUGAGCUCAUAGAUUUCAUGGCUUUAAUUCUACAUUUUAAGACUGACCAAACAUCUGUGGUAGCUGUGCACAAUGUAUGCCAUUUUACAGGAUGGUCAUACUGUAUUCACUGUGGGUGUUGUUUUUUUUUUGCUCACCAGCAUGUCACCAUCACCAUGUUUGGUGUUUUUAAAUAAAGUGUGUUUUUUUGUGGUUUGGCACAUUAUAGCAGUAAUAACAGUGGUCCAUCUUCCUUUUAUCUAUUUCUUACCUCUGACUAAAGCGCUGGAGUGUUAGUCAUGUGAGAGAUUAACACUAUUCACCAGCCAAAUGGCAAAAGAUUUUGUUAGCUGUGGUUGGUUUGUGGUUGUCUGUUCUACCAGCUAUUUCUAAAAGUAACCAGCAGUUGUUUGUAGGUGGUUUUUAUACAAAAAUGUAGCAAGUAAAGUGAUGAAUGUACUCAGUGAUUAUAAGAAUCCAUCAGUGACUGUGGUUAGUGGGCAGAAACCUUGGUUUCCUUCCCUCAGUGUCGGACCUCAUUAAACCCUGCAGGCCAGGUGUUAAGAAAUAUAACGGGCACACGCUUCCCUCCAGUAAUGAGCUAAUCACUAAUUAUGUUCAUUAUUUAUCAUGGUUGUGUGUUUUUUUGGCACUACAUGUCCACUGUGUUCAAAUGUUGGUGUCUCAGGGUUGUAGCAUGAAGCUUUGUCUCGCAGUAGAUUUGUGUGUGUGUGUGUGUGUGUGGUCAACGAAAUUGCAGAGAACGACACGACGACUUGUGAGCUGCUUGAUUAUUGUGGGGUCUUAGAACUGACUGGUGUACCACUCAGUAUUAUAAUAACAUAACAGUGUGUGUGUGUGUUGCAGUGCUGGACUAACAAAUUACAUGUUUUCAAGUUUGUCAUCCAUCAGCAUCCUAUUUUGGCUGAGUACCUAAAAUAGGCUGUCAGCCAAAAGGUUGUUUGGAUGUGCGAUUGAGUGAUCAGACUUGUUGAACACCUUUUUUUUUUUUGUUAUAUUUUUAGUUUGGAUUAAGAACUAAGGUCUAACAACACAUGAACAUGACAUAUUUUGCUCCCUUGUGUGAGUAAAUGGCUCCAAAUGUUUCGCAAUGUGGAACAGAAAUGUCACAGACAAGUAUGUGAGUACUGGUAUAAAGAAAAUGGUUAUUCUUUUGAGAAAAUUGUGUGUUUUUGUUGUUUUUAUGUUUUUGAAGUUUGAUGUAAAAGCCCAAGCGAUUUCAGAACUAAGCUGUCUUUUUACUCUAUUAAGUCCCAACCCGUGUUUGGUUUAUUUCUUAUUUUUGUACUGGUACUUGUAUUUGAAAAGAAAAAAGAAUCUGCCUCUGUAAUGUCUGGAUUUAUGUUUUGAAUUAUUGAUUUGCACAUGAAGGCAUGUACUGUAAACAUUUAAAUCAUAAUGCUGAGGGGUUGUCUUUGCUCGAGUAGCGGGAAUUUUGCUCCCCUCACGUGUUUUGCAUGUGAGUUUGAUAUGUUUGGAAAAAUUGUAUGUGUCAGUCCAGUUGCAAACUCAUUUAUACCGUUUAUUUCUCAGGCACAGUGCAUCAGUUUAGUACAUUUUCAUAUUAACUGUUACAAUUUUUUAAAACUUGUAUAAUAUGGAACUUCAGCCAGGUCUGAUCCCAUGCACUCAUUCUUCAGGUUUGAUGGAUGGAGUGGAUGACCUGAGCAUCAAUCUUUUUCUCUACUGAGGUUAAUGUAAACGUUUAGACAGAUGUAAUGUCUGCAGCACACCUCAUUUUGUUUUUCAGUAAUACAGUCUUUUGCAGGCACCUGGAGUGUAUCAACACUUUUUCAGCAUUUUAAGUUUUGUUUUUACUCCUGCUGAAGUGUAUUUUUCACCACAAUAUGCCAGCUUCAUUUGUUUGACUUUUGAAGCAUUUUAAUAAAGAGGCUCUCUUGUUUUUAAA